AUGGUGUGUACAGAACACAAGGACAUCCGAUUCCUCGAGGGAAAAGUUGAUCGUCUGUCUAAAACCACGCUGGCAGCAGUAGUCACUAGACCAAAGAGGGACCGACUCCAAGUGGGCAAAAGAGGCGGCAAGCUGACAUCUACUGUGGACAGCAGGAUAUACAUCAACGUCCCCAAGGGUCUGUUCAAAUCUCCAACACAGGUCUAUUUAGAAGUUCAACCACUAGACGGCGCUUUGAUCAGUGACUUCAAAUCACGUGCCUGUGAGGACGAUGCCUUCAUAUCUGCCAGUGCAAUAAUGACCAUCAGUUUUCAACACAAGCUAACCCAGCCAGUGCUACUCAAUCUACCCUGUCCCGGGGGUAUUAAAAAGAAAAGACCUCAAACCAGUGGCGUCAAGGAGAAACGGUCCGCUCCGACACGUCCAACUACGUCCUUUGGUUUUCGACAGAAACAAGAUGCGGACGACACUACAUUUGUGUAUCUCUUAACACAAAACGAGCAUGGUGGUUGGGUCUUGCGGGCAGACGCUCAGUUGAAACCCUCGACCAUCAACGACCAGGUAGCAAUUGAAUGGGAAGAGACAAAAGAAAGAAUCCUCCUUUUACGAUGUAAAAAGAUGGAUAAAAAGGGAAUGGUCCCGCGAAUAGAAAAGCUUGCCAAGGCAGUGGAAUCGUUUCUCUACAAACGCUACGUAAACUUCAUCGUGCGACAAAAAUCUUCAGAACCAAGAAACAUUAUAAUACAUCCAGUUCUGGCGAACAAAUCCGAACGUUUCAUCAAAAAAUACGCCGAAGAUGGCUACGACGAUGGACCAGUAGGUGAUGACGUUGCCGUUCAUGAGGGCCAAAGGUUAGAGAUUAAAUUCCGCGGUAAUCUCCAACCCUCACCAGACGACUAUCCUGACUUGGAGUUUGUUUACAAUACUGCCUUGACCGAACCGAUCACAUUCAGCAUAGCGGAAGUAGAAAAAUUUGCUCAAAAAAGUUUGCCAAUAUAUAAAGGAUUUAUCCAGUUGUGCUGCCUACAGAGUGAGGACGGAAAAGAGGAAGAUAAUGUAUUGACGGAAGUAUGCAUGACUAUUCCCAAACCUGAAACAGAACCACCUGCCGAGGUACGCAGGGCACCACUGGAGAUAAGAACCGAUGGACCAGUAAACAACGACACGCUGAGAUGGUUGGCAUCAGAGCUGGCGACAUCUGGCGACGAAUGGAAGAAUCUGUCUCACUAUCUUCGCAUCCCCAGAGCGAGGCUGCAAGCAAUACAGAGAAAUUGUCAGGGAAAGGGGAACGAAAGUGUCAUCUUCGAACUGCUGAUGACAUGGGUGAAGAAAGUUCCUCGCGCAAAGGACAAGGCUGCAAUAUUGUGCUCGGCGUUGUUGCGGUGCGGGCGCCUCGACCUGGCAGAAGAAAUGAAAGAUCACGACAUAGAUUUUAAAGAGGAACGAGCCAGGAGCGCGAGAUCUGCCUCUCUGGAAAAGAAAUUCAAGAGCCUCUCUCGAAGUGAGUCAGUGGUUUCAGAAUGGAAGACGGUCGCCUCCAACCUACACUUGACGACGGCUGAGAUCCGCGAAAUCGAGGAGGACUAUGAAGACGAGAACGAGCGAUGUUACCAGGCGCUACAAAAAUGGAAAGAGAUAGAUAGCGGGGCGAAUCUUGUAACCUUGGCGGAGACACUGAGAGCGUGUGAUUUGGGCGUCGCUGCAGAUUUAGUUGAGAUGACUUCAUAA